CAUAUAUCAUGUGAACACAAACUUAUUUUGGAUGCAAUUAAUCUUUACUUUAGUCUGCAUAAUGUUUAUUAGGUGGAUUUUUUUCAUCUUAUCUUAGAUUUCUGAUUAGUUUAGAUAUUAAUUAAAUAUAAUGUGUGUCCUGUUUCAUCCUCAUAAUAUUCUGGGUUUCAUAAAAAUGAGCAACCUAGAGCCGUUUUAUAAACUACUAAUGUGUAACACCAUCAAAAUGCUCUUUAUUUGAACUUAAUUAAAAACAUGUGUUUGCUGUUAAAGUAAUUCAGUAUAAAUUCAGUAACUUUGGGCGUUUUUGGGCGUUUGGUUUCCGAUGUGUAAGAGGUAGACUAAUCACAACAGACUGGGCCAUCUGACCAAUCAGAGCAGAGCAGGCUCAUAGAAAGGCGGGGCUUAGAGAGGCAGAAGCUUCAAACAAACCGUUUUCAGACUCUUUGAGAAAUUCAAUUCAAUUCAAUUCACAUUUAUUUGUAUAGCGCUUUUCACGAUACAUAUCGUUUCAAAGCAGCUUUACAGAGAAUGCAUGUCAACAUUACAAUUUGGAGACUGCAGUUAGCUAAUAAUGUAAUAAUUUAGGCGAUUAACAUACAAUCACUGUUAGCAAUGUAAUUGGAGGUAGAAGCAAAGAGCUCCUGGAAAAAUGAAUUACAUAUUAACAAUAAUUAGGAUUUAUAGAAUGUGAAUGUGCGUGUUGAUCCAGAUGUUGCAUCUUCUGAAGUCAUUGCAGGAGUUGGCGCCGUCUCUUCCAAAGUUUUAGUCAUCUGAGGUCUUCUUAAGAGGCUGGAUCCAAAGAGAAAUGAGAUCUGGUCCUGUGGGCGUCAGUAUCACACAGUGAUCACAGUUCACACCUGCAGUGAAGCUCCUCCCACAACAAUUCACCAAUAAAUACUGGGAAUAUUCACAUCAUCCUACAAGAGAAGGACAAACUCCAGGUGUAGCAGCUGAAAUCUGUGUGACUGUUAAAGAUGGAGUUUAUUAAAGAGGAGAUUGAAGACAUGAGUGAUCCAGAACCAUCCAGAAUAAAACAUGAAGAUACUGAGGAACAAAUAGACUGGAUGGAGAUGAAACCGCAAAAACAUGAACUGAAUGAAGCAGAGGAGGAAAAGCAGAGCAUCAAAACUCAAAGAACAAAAGCUAAAAAGCCGUACACCUGCUCUCAGUGUGGAACGAGUUUCAGUCUAAAAGGAAACCUUAAGACACACAUAAGAAUUCACACUGGAGAAAAACCAUAUACAUGCACUCAGUGUGGAAAGAGUUUUUCUCAAUCAUCAGGUCUCAGUUAUCAUCUACGGAUUCAUUCUGGAGAAAAACCAUUUAACUGUGAUCAGUGUGGUAAAGAUUUUACUUCAUCAGCAAAUCUAAAACAACACCUGAAAGUUCAUUCAGAUGAGAAGCCUUAUGUGUGUUCUCUCUGUGGAAAGAGUUUUUCAUUGCUGCACAGUUUUAAACAGCACCAGAAAACACAUAAUGAAGUGAGAGAUCAUGUGUGUUUUGACUGUGGGAAGAGCUUUACUAGAGCUACCGAUCUGGAACAGCACCAAAGAAUUCAUACUGGAGAAAGACCUUACAAGUGCUCAUAUUGUGACAAGAGUUUCACUCAAUCUACACACCUGAAAUCACAUGAGCGAGAUCAUACUGGAGAGAAGCCGUACCACUGUACUCAGUGUGAGAAGAAUUUCAGAUGUAAAAAUGAUCUCAAUUAUCAUCUGCUCCGUCACUCUGGAGAAAAGCCAUUUAACUGUGAUCAGUGUGGUAAAAAGUUCAUUUCAUCAUCAAAUCUAAAACAACACCUGAAAGUUCAUUCAGAUGAGAAGCCUUAUGUGUGUUCUCUCUGUGGAAAGAGUUUUUCAAGGAUGAACAGUUUUAAACUGCACCAGAAAACACAUAAUGAAGUGAGAGAUCAUGUGUGUUUGAAGUGUGGGAAGAGCUUUACGAGAGCUACUGAUCUGGAACAGCACCAAAAAAUUCAUACUGGAGAAAAACCUUACAAGUGCUCAUCUUGUGUCAAGAGUUUCGCUCGGUCUGGACAACUGAAAAUACAUGAGCGACUUCAUACGGGAGAAAGACCUUACAAGUGCUCAUAUUGUGACAGGAGUUUCACUCACGUUGGGAACCUGAAAUUACAUGAGCGACUUCAUACUGGAGAAAAACCUUACAAGUGCUCAUAUUGUGAGAAGAGUUUCGCUCGUUCUGAAAGCCUGAAAUCACAUGAGCGAGUUCAUACAGGAGAGAAGCCGCACCACUGUACUCAGUGUGAGAAGAGUUUUAACCGUUUAUCAAGCCUUCACAAUCAUAUGAAAAUAUGUUGCAAGUGAGAAACAUUUGGGUUUUUUUUUUUUAUGUCAAAUACAUUUAACUAAAUAGUGUGAGAUAAAAUAUGGAGUUUGUCCUAAAUGCACAGUAUCAUCUAGUUGAAUUUUGUCAAUUUUUUUUAUUUUUAUAAAUUUGUCUAAAUAAAGUCUUUUUUUGUGUUUUUUUUCUCUCUCUGUCAUGGUGGGUUUGUGUGCUAAAUAGGUGAAAGUGAAAGCCAAGUGUGGUAAAACGUACUUGGAAUUUGUCCUCUGCAUUUACAGUUGAGGUCAAAACUUUACAUACACCUUGUAGAAUCUGCAAAAUGUUAAUUAUUUUAACAAAUAAGAGGGAUCAUACAAAAUGCAAGUUAUUUUUUAUUUAGUACUGUGCUGAAUAAGAUAUUUUACAUAAAAAAGGUGUUUACAUAAAGUCCACAAGCCAAAAAAUAGCUCAAUUUAUAAAAAUGACCCAGUUCAAAAGUUUACAUACACUGGAUUCUGAAUACUGUGUCGUUACCUGGAUGAUCCACGACUGUUUUUAUGUUUUGUGACGGUUGUUCUCGAGUCCCUUGUUUGUCCUGAGCAGAUAAACUUAGCACUGUUCUUAGGAAAAAUCUUCCAGGUCUUGAAAAUUCUUCAGUUUUCCAGCACAUUUGCAUAUUUGAAACCUUUCCAACCCUUCCCAAUUAAUCAAACAACCCAAUUAAUCUAAAAAACUAGUCAGAAUGAUAUCUUCAUCAUCUGAAAUUAUCUGAAUUUUACCUACUCCUAGUCGAAUCUGCUGUUGUGUGACUUGAGACUGAAUUUACUCAGAUCCUCCCUCACACCAGAGACCCGCCUCUAGUCUUGUUGACGCUUAGUGCUAACUGCUAACAACUGUAGCCUGCUUUUGUUGUCACAGAGAGAAAACCUACUGGAUGAAUUAAUUCAGGAAUUAUUAAAUAACAUUGGAUGCUUUCAUAUGUGGUAAAAGGUCUCCAUCAUGUCAGAUGUGGUCCUGUGGGCGUCAGUAUCACACAGUGAUCACAGUUCACACCUGCAGUGAAGCUCCUCCCACAACAAUUCACCAAUAAAUACUGGGAAUAUUCACAUCAUCCUACAAGAGAAGGACAAACUCCAGGUGUAGCAGCUGAAAUCUGUGAGACUGUUAAAGAUGGAGUUUAUUAAAGAGGAGAUUGAAGACAUGAGUGAUCCAGAACCAUCCAGAAUAAAAGAUGAAGAAACUGAGGAACAAAUAGACUGGAUGGAGAUGAAACCGCAAAACCAUGAACUGAAUGAAGCAGAGGAGGAAAAGCAGAGCAUCGAAACUCAAAGAACAAAAGCUAAUAAGCCGCACACCUGCUCUCAGUGUGGAACGAGUUUCAGUCGCAAAGGAAACCUUAAGACACACAUAAGAAUUCACACUGGAGAAAAACCGUAUACAUGCACUCAGUGUGGAAUGAAGUUUUCUCAAGCAUCAAGUCUCAGGAAUCAUCUGCUCCGUCACUCUGGAGAAAAACCAUUUAACUGUGAUCAGUGUGGUAAAGAUUUUAUUUUGUCAUCAGAUCUAAAAGAACACCUGAAAGUUCAUUCAGAUGAGAGGCCUUAUGUGUGUUCUCUCUGUGGAAAGAGUUUUUCAUGGCCGCGUCAUUUUAAACUGCACCAGAAAACACAUGAUGAAGUGAGAGAUCAUGUGUGUUGUGAGUGUGGAAAGAGCUUUACUAGAUCUUCCCAUUUGAAAAAUCACCAAAGAAUUCAUACUGGAGAAAAACCUUACAAGUGCUCAUAUUGUGAAAAGAGUUUCACUCGUUCUGAAAACCUGAAAGCACAUGAGCGAGUUCAUUCUAGAGAGAAGCCGUACCACUGUACUCAGUGUGGGAAGAGUUUUAAACAUUUGUCAAGCCGUUACACUCAUAUGAAAAAAUAUUGCAAUGCUUCAGUGUCAAAUACAUUCAAGUAAACUGUGUGAGAUAAAAUAAAGAGUUCAUCCUAAAAGCACAAUAUCAGUUUAAUUUUGUGAAUCUGGUGAAAAGCUCGGAAAACUAGAAAGACUUAAGAGUUAAAGCUUCACCAGUCAACAACUCUUAAGCCCGGGACACAUCACGCCAACGACCGGCCGUUGGGCAACGUCGGAUGCCGUCUGAUUUUUGGGCCAAAUUAACACGUAGAAUCGGCGUCGGGUGAGAGAACUCUGAUUGUCGCCUUUUUCUUACACAACCAUGUAGGAAGACACAUGGCCAUAUUCCAGGAUGACAAAAGCCUUUGGUGGAAAUAAAUGUUGUGAUGUUAUUUCCAUCAAGAGGUGCAUCAAUUUUUGUCAAGAUCUUGUAUUGAUAAUCCAAGAGUCCAGCACUCUGUAAAGUUUACUCAAGCACAUCCCAUGUGCCGUCAUUGUGAAAAGAGUUUCACAUGUAAAGAGAACCUGGAUUAUCACUUAAAAUCUCACACAGUAGAAAAACCUCACACUGCCAUCAUUGUGGAAAGAGUUUUGUACUAAACAAACUCCUUAAACAUCAUAUAAGUUUUUCACCUGCCGUCAGUUUGGAAAGAAAUUGAAUACAGACUUAAAAGACGUCUAAAAAUUCAUACUGUAGAGAAUCCAUACACCUGUCCUCAGUAUGGAAAGAGCUGUCUGAAUAAAUACAGACUUAAGAUAUACCUAAGACAUCAUACUAGAGAGAAACCAAAAACCUGUCCUGAUUGCGGUAAGAGUUUUGCAAAUUCUUUCAGUUUAGGUUGUGUGGCUAUGAUAAAUUGAUGCCAUCUGCUUAUGACUAGUUAGUCUAUCAAUGUGUACUUUAUAUUCUGAUUGUACAUGAAAUCCUAAGAAAUAAAACAUCUUGUCCACUGCA